AUGAGUACAUUUGGAAGCCCGGGUGGGCGUAUGGUCAAUAACAAACCUUCGCCGCCGGAGAGAGGAAGUUUUCCAUUGGAUCAUGAUGGUGAAUGCAAAUCAGUAAUGCAAAGUUAUCUCAAUUGUAUGAAGAAGGUUCGAGGCAUGAAUGAUCCAGAAUGUAGGGAUCUGGCGAAAUCAUAUUUGUCGUGUCGGAUGGAUAGGAAUUUGAUGGCGAAGGACGAAUUCAAGAACUUAGGGUUUGCGGAUGAGAGCUCAGAGACGAAAGUUGCAGAUAAGAAGGAUGAUGUAAAAGAGGGUGGCGACGAUGCAAACAAACAUAAGAACGAGCUAAGGUGGUGA